AUGGCUAGCGAAGAUUUAGGCAAUGCAUAUGGCUACGCCCCCACCAAAUCUGUAGCCAUUGCCUUCGUCGUUCUGUUCAGUAUCUCCACCGUCGGUCAUAUCGUUCAAGCAACCGCUCGCAAGCAAUGGUUUCUGUUUGCGACAGCUAUUUUCUGUGGCAUCCUCGAGGUUGUUGGCUGGAGUGCACGCUUGAAAUCCCAUUUCGACCCUUUCGAUUUGCUUCCGUAUCAAAUCCAGACGGUCGCCACCGUACUUGGACCUACCCCGCUCCUGGCCGCCAACUUUGUCAUCUUUGGACGGAUUAUCAGGGUUCUUGGGACAGACUAUAGUCGCUUGUCGCCUCGUUGGUAUACUGGUAUCUUCUGCACAAUUGACGUUCUGUCUCUGUUCAUCCAAGGAGGCGGGGGUGCAGUUGCAGCCAUUAACUCGGACACACUGGAGGGAGCCAAUAAGGGUGGAUUGAUAAUGCUGGGGGGCAUCAUCUUACACGUCGUCGCAAUCGUCUUCUACGCCCUUCUCGCCGUUGAAUAUUACAUUCGUUUCGUCAUCGAAAGGCCUCUUAACAAAAUCAAUUUGGCCCACAAGCACUACACUGCGAGAGGCCGGUUGACCAAGAGGAUCGAGCUCAUGCUCGUUGGACUGACGUUCAACACCCUAUGCUUGUUUGUUCGAGCUCUGUACCGCACUGUUGAGUUGGCCGAAGGUUGGGGUGGACGUAUCCUCCGAACUGAGAUCUACUUCAACUGGCUCGACGGCGCGAUGAUCGUGUUGGCACUCUGGACCUUCAAUAUUUUUCAUCCGGGGUGGCUUCUUGCGUCGAACGAAAGGGAAACAGGGGAAGAAGAUGGAACUCGAUAUGCCAUGUUGGGUCUCAACCGAAGUCCCCGGAAUUCUGAGUAG